AUGGGGAUUUUUGAUAAUAAACAGACAUUAUUAAGUUCAUUAGAUAGAAAAGGACUUAUCAUCAUUGGAGUAAUAUUUUCUGUGUUAGCUGUGUUAUUAAGUAUUUUAGCUACAGUUUUUACAUCAACUGUAAUAGAAAAUUCUAUGGAUUUAUGGAGAUGUAAUAAUACUGAGAAAUUUGAUUCUAAACAAUGUAUGGGAUAUAAUGCUUUUAAUAAAGAAAAAGAAGCAAUUCAAUACGAUAAGGUAAAAGUUCAUUUUGGAUAUUUUUCACGAUUUAAUUAUGAAGCACGAAUUAGUUUAUCUGCAGAAAUAAAAAGUGAAGAAUUAACAACACAAAAAACAUUUAUAGUGCCAAUUCAUUAUUUUCUUGGAGGAUAUUCAGAUGAAGAAGCAAUGAAAAAUGUAGAUCCAGAAUUAACAGAAACAAUGAAUAUUAAUUUUGAAUGUUCACAAAAGUCAUGUAAAAGUGAUUUCUUAUUAAAGUUCAAAGCAGAUUAUCAUUUUUAUUACUUUAUCUUCCAAACAGAUAAUUCAUACAAAGAUGAAAUUAUUAUGAAACCAACAUUAACAUUAAUGACAUCAAAUAGUUUCUUUACUGUUACAGAAUUGUUUUGGAGAAUUGCUUUUGUUUGUGUUGGAAGUAUUCAAUUAAUGACAUUUAUGUAUUGUAUGAGAACUAUUCCAAUAAAAGAAUGGAUAUUUGAACAAAUAUUAACAUUUACAUUAAUGUACAUUUUAUUAUUAUUUAAUAAUCCAUUAGCAUUGAUUGAAUAUCAAGCACAUCAUUGGUUCUUUUCAUUAAUAUCAUCAGUUGUUGAGUCAUUUGCAAUUUCAUUCUUUUUAUUUUAUAUAUUAAUUAUUUUUGAUUCAUUAAGAAAACCAAUAAAUAAAAUGAGUACAACAACAUUAUGGUUUAAAUUUAUUGGAGUAAGAGUUAUCUUUGUUGGAAUAAUAUUUAUUACAUUAUGCUGUUUUAUUUUUACACAAAAGGUAUUUGACAUUAAAUAUUUAAUUGCUGGAACAUCUAAUGUUGUAUUAAUUAUAUUAGGAGUCAUUGUAUUAUUAAUUGUUUUAACUUAUGCAUUUUGGCUCAUUUUCUCUUUGAUUAGAACAUUUACUGAAAGACAUAAAUUAGGUGAAAAAUCAAGAAGAGUUAUUGGAUUUAGUGUAUUUAACAUCGUUAUUGUAUUCAUUUUUAUUAUUGUAUUAAGUAUAUUAUUGUUUGAUGGGUAUGAUGCUUCAUCAAUUUAUUUAGCCUCAAUUGUUUACUUUAAUUUGUAUUGUUUUGCAAUGGCAUUAUUAAUGGUAAAGAAUGAUAAACAAGAAUUAAGUCGAAGGUCGAAGAAAUUUGAAAUAUCUCAUCCAACGGAAGUUUCCAUGGAAGUUAAUGAAUAUAAUGAUGAUGAUGAAAUUAUCAUUAAAGAACAACCUGAAGAAGGUAUAUUAGUGGAUGAACAAAUUUCUCUUUAA